AUGGAUAAAAGCACUCGAAAGAAUGGCGCUCGUAGAGUUGCGCCAAAAGUAACACAAAAAUCCAAAAAUCCACCCAUACCCAAACCUAAACCUUCUAAACUUUCAUCCACUCCUUCAAAUAAAAUCGAUAGUGAACCAAAUUCAUCAUCUGAAUUGCCGAAACGAACUCGUGGACCUAAUGUUAAUAGACUUUCAAGUGCUUUCGAGGAUGAACCACAAAUUCGAACUGCUCCUUCUCUUCCCUUGUCUCCUAAAUUACCAGUUCCUAUAGUAACAAAAUCUUAUAUAAAGAAUUCUAAAAGUUUAUUAUCACACGAUAAGACGGGAAAAGAGACAAACUUAAUAAUAGAUGAAUCUCCAAUGAUUUAUGAUGAUAUCAAAGCAAGAUUUCAAAAAAAUGGAGAAAGCAAUCUAAUUAAUUCUUUAACAAAACAUCCCAUAAAUUCUUCAUCAAUUACACGUAUUGUUGAAGAAUCAGAUUUAAAUAAUAUCAGCGAUACAGAUUUAAAUUAUGAAUGGAUUGAAAAAUCAGAAGUAAAUGAUGAUUUUUCUGAAUUUUCAACAAAAAAAGCUAGCAUUGAAGAUUUAUUUUCAAGUAAAAAUUUGAUUCUUCCCAAAGAUUUACCUUUAGAAACAUCAAAGACGUUACCUCCUAUACCGGGAGGAACCACUCCUCCUCUUUCUCCUCCUCUUUCAGCUACUUUUUCAGCAACUCAUUCAGAUCUGUCACAUGUUGAAACAUCAUUACCUACUUGUUCAAGUGAGACAACGUUAGUUGAAGAAGAUGAGCUUUCAAUUGAAAUGAAAAGACGCAGAAGAUUAUGGAAUGUUAUAAAGGAGCUGGUUGAAACUGAGAAUUUAUUUUUGAAAGAUAUGGAAUUAUUAGAAGACGUUUAUUUUAUACAAGCUCAGGAAAUUCCAAUUUUUGAGCCACAUGUUUGUAAAACUAUUUUCAACAAUCUUCCCGACGUAAUUGAUUUUUCUGCAAAUUUUUUGGAAUUAUUGAAAGAGUCUGCUGGAAUUGAAGACUUAGAUAAUGAAGAUGCUGAUAAACAUUUAGAAUUAGAAAAUGAUAAUACUACAAUUGGGGAAAUGUUCGCACAUGUGAUGGAAAAACAUGAAGGGCGAGAAAGUUGGAUAGAACAAGUUUAUGGAGGCUAUUGUAAACGACAUGAGGCCUCUGUUCAGAAACUUCAGGAAUUUGACGGUGACGAAAAUGUUCAAGGAUUUUUACAGAAAUGUAAAACCCAAUGUGAAGGCAAAACCAGAAGUUGGGACAUCGCUAGUCUUUUGAUUAAACCGGUUCAGCGUGUAUUAAAAUAUCCGCUGCUAUUGCAACAAAUUUAUUCCUUAACGAAAUCCACUCAUCCAGAUUAUGAAUAUCUCAAGACUUCAUUACUCGAGAUUACCGAAGUUGCGGGACGUAUUAAUGAAAUAAAAAGACGCAAGGAUAUUGUUGAGAAAAUCGUGGGUAGUAAGAAAAAAUCUGAUGCCGAUUUAAAACAUGCAGCAGGUUUUAUAAAAGCUACUGAAGAUGAACUUUAUAAUGCGCACGUUGAAAAAUUUAAGAAUUUAGAACAACGCGGAAAACAAUUAUCACUAGAAAUAAAAGAAUGGGUUAAGACUGUAAAAGCAUUUUUUGAGGAUCAACAACGUUUUGCUGGAGCAAUCGGGGAUUUUUAUACACUCGGAUCUAAUAAGAAUAAUAGUGAAUAUAAAAAAAUAGUUGAAUACAAAAAUGCUGUUGGUGGUUUCGCGUCAACUUGUGGAAAGGAACAGGAAGAGGCCAUCAAAAAAGUUAUAUAUCCUCAAAUAGAUAAAUAUUUAGCAUUAUUCAAAGCACCUGCAGCACCUGACAAAACGCUUCAACAAUCUGCGAGUGCUUUUGAAUCUAUAUCGGCUCAAUUACAUGAAGAAUUACCCGAAUUCUUUAAAUUAAUGAUUCAAUAUUUUAAUAUAAUUAUUCAAGAAUUUACAAAGAUUCAGUCACGAUUUUAUCAUCAAUUAGGCUUGGAAUUUGGACAAUACUUUAGAAAAUUUGUUAAUUCUCAGAAAUUAGAAGAAAUUUCUUACGAUAGAGAGUUGAUUUGGGAAAAAUUUGAUGUUAUUUCGGAAUAUCAUGAUCAAUUUUAUAUUAAGGAGAAAAUAGAAGAUGAAUUAGAAGCAUUGGUUACAAUAAAAAAGAGUUCAGUUACAGAAAUAAAAAAAACCGAACCUUCAGUAUCUCCGAAGAAAGCAGAAGAUUUAGUGCGUUCAGAUUCUUUCGAUGAUUCAUCAUUUAAUUUUCGAACAAUUAAACAAAAACAACAAAAAUUGGGAGUGCACAAAAAAUAUUUGACUGAUAGUGAACUGGAUAGACGUCAAUCGUCUGAUGCCGAGGAUGAAAUAUUUUAUGAUUCUUUGACAGGAGGAGGAGAAGAGGAAGACGAAGAUGCAUUAUUUUAUGUUGUAGCUACUUAUGAAAAUAAAUCAAAAUAUUCAAGAGAAUUGAACUUCAAAAAGGGAGAUUUACUUAAGGUGAUACAUAUUGAUGAUACGGAGCAAUGGUGGUUUGGGAUUAAUGAAGAUAAAGAAAAAGGAUGGAUAGAUCCAGCAUAUGUAGAUCGACUCGAAGAUGAAUAUUGA